AUGGAUAAUGAGCAACAGUCAGUAAGUAGUGAUACCGAGUUGGAAAGUGGGACACAAAGUAAUGUUAGUGACGUAGUUCAGGAAGUACAAUGUGAGAAUCUGGGGGCAGAAGGACAAGAAAUGUUGCCAUUGCCACCCAGUGAUUCAGUUGAUAGCGGAAAUACUGUGCCAUCCGCAAGCACUGGACACGGACCAGAGAGUGGUGAGGUGUCAGAAGUGCAAUCAUUAAGAGUUAUGUUCGAGCGCAUGCUCAAUUUCCAAGCUGAAUUUGUACGUGUGCAAGCAGAGCGUGAUAGAGAACGUGAUGCUAAACAAGCAGAACGCGAUAGAGAACGUGAUGCUAAACAAGCAGAACGCGAUAGAGAACGUGAUGCUGAACAAGCAGAGCGUGACCAGAGAUUGGUAGCUGAAUUUGCAUGUAUGCAAGCAGAACGCGAUAGAGAACGUGAUGCUGAACAAGCAGAGCGUGACCAGAGAUUGGUAGCUGAAUUUGCCAAACAAGCAGAGCGCGAUAGAGAACGUGAUGCUAAACAAGCAGAGCGUGACCGACGCCUGCAUGAGAGGGACUUGCAGUUGAUGCAAACUUUAGAAGUUAUGCAAAGUGAGAUUGUUAGUUUGAAACAAAAAUAUGAAACCAUACCCAAAACGGUGCAAGAAUUAAGCGAAAGAGUAGAUAGUGUUCAAGUGGCUAACGCCAAUAUAGUAGAGGAAAUCAGUGUCCUGACUAAUAGGGUCGAACAACUAGAAAUUGACACAACUCAAGUAAUUGAGAACAAAGUGAUCGAACAAGUGCACAAAGUAGAAAAUGAAGUCAUAAAAGAAAUAGAUCAGAAAGUGCACGCCGCAAUUGAGGCCAGAGAUGUGGGCUCAAGUUAUACAUUGUAUAUAAGCACACAAGAUAAGAAAAGCAGGGUGCAACCUUACCAGGUGCGCUAA